AUUCGAUUUUCUUUUAAACCCGUGCAAUAACUCUUUUAUUUAAAUUUAUAGGAAAGGAGCAAUCUUCCAUAUUUAAGAAUUAAGGAAUCCCGUAUUAAAUUAUAAGAAAAGGAGGCAACUUUGAAAAAAGCGUUUCCAUAAAGUCCUCUCUGCAAGACUUAUAACCGACGACAGUGGAUGAACAGUCGACGCCUUUUAGGAAUACAAUCGAAUCGAUUUGGUGUUCAUCGGAGUUCAAGCUCACUCCAAAUCCCACGCCAACCCUAAAUCAUAACAUACCGAAAUUGCAAUGGCUAGAGUACAUCCGGGGAAUCUGAGUUCCCGAGUGCCCGAUCAUGAAACAAUUUUUGAUCACUUUGCCGAGCAGACUCGUAAUCAAGAGUUUGAGAAAAGAACAUGGGAUACAUCAACCCAUCGUGGCGGUGGCGGUGGUCGUAGUCGUGGUCGUGGUGGUGGACGAAGUGAUGGCAGGUGUUGUUUUGGGUGCGGCGAACCUGGUCACAUUAUUCGCGACUGUCCGACGACUGGCUCUUUUCCUCGGAGUAAUGGGCGUAGGGGAGGAUUUCAAGGUUUAGGUAAUGAUCCAUCGAGCUCUGAUGCCAUGGAAUCCACUUCUGGGACGACCAAGUUUAGAUUAAAACCACUGAAUACAUCAACUGAAACUAUAAGAAAUUCAGAACCAGUGAAGCCCUUUGUUGAUGAACUACUAGCAAAGAUUAAAGAUAAAGAACAUGAACUGAAAUUGCGUGAUGAAGAAAUUGAUGGUCUGUACCUUAAGCUGAACAAAGCUGAUGCGGAACUAAGCUCUGUUCAAACCAAAAACGAGGAACUUAUUGUAAACAUGAACAAUAUUAAAGAGGAUUUAGAAAAAUGCAGAAACGAAUUAUCAUCUGCUAGAAAAAAAGAAGCAGAGAUUUCCCGGAUGUAUUUAUUAAUGAAGAACAAGUUUGACGAGCUUGAAGAAGCAAAUGAGACUGCAGAUGCUGAAAUGAAGCAGAUGAAGGUAGAAACAGAACAAUGGAGGAAAGCAGCAAAAGCUAUAGCUUCUGUUUUGGAUGGAGGUGAAGCAAUAUCUUCCAAGACACAAGAACUUGAAUCUCUUGUGUUGUAUUAUAGCAAUCGUGCUUCUAAAAGAAUGUCACUUGGAAAGAUGAGGAAAGCUGUAGAUGACUGCAGAAUUGCAGCUCGAUUAGAUCCAAGCUAUCUUAAGGUCUGCCUAACAGCUGGGAACUGUCAUCUGGAACUUGGAGAACUUGAUGAUGCAAUUAAGAAUUACAAAAAAUGCUUGGAGUCUAGAGCUGUUUGCUUGGAUCGAAGGCUUACUAUUGAGGCAUCUGAAGGCCUACAUAAAGCUGAGAAAGUGGUUAGUUAUAUCAAGCAGUCUGCUGAGUUAUUGCAACAGAAAACUUCUGAUUCAGCAACUAAUGCUCUGGAGAUCAUUAUGGAGGCCUUGUCGAUAAGCUGCUAUUCAGAGAAACUUCUUGAAAUGACAGCAGAAGCUCACUUUCUGCUGCAGAACUAUGAAAAGGUGAUUCAAAUGUGUGAGAAAACACUUCCUAUGUCAGAAAAUAAUUGUGCUAACAAUAUUAACAUUUCAAAUGAGGGGCAAAAACGACAAUUGAAGCUUUGGAGAUGGCGCAUGAUGGCUAGGUCCUACUUUCGUAUGGGUAACUUUGACAUGGCCCUUGUUACCCUUGAGAAAUAUGAGCAACUAGCCCCUCAUGAAAACAAGACUGAGGAUUCAUCCUCUUUUUCAGUUGCCACUGUCUCUGAACUUCUUCGCUGCAAGAGUGCUGGAAAUGAAGCUUAUAAAGGUGGGAGACACAGAGAAGCAGUGAAGCAUUAUAGCAAUGCUCUACAAAUGAGCAUUGAAUCAAGAUCUUUUGCUGCUAUCUGCUUGUGUAAUCGUGCUGCAGCACACCAAGCUUUGGGUGAAGUUGUUGAUGCCAUUGCUGAUUGUAAUCUUGCCAUAGCUCUUGAUGAGAAUUACCUCAAGGCGAUUUCUAGGAGGGCAAAUCUGCAUGAGAAGAUAAGAGACUAUGAACAUGCAGUUCUUGAUCUUCAGAGACUCAUCACUCUUCUUGAAAAAAAUAGUGAAGACAAGUGUGAAGAUUUAAAAGUAGCUCGUCGACGUCUUUCUUCUAUGAAUAUACAUUUGAAGAAAGGAAUGACUUUGGAUCUUUACCUCAUCUUGGGACUAAAAGGCUCGGAAUCUAGUGCUGAAAUUAAAAAAGCAUAUCAUAAAGCUGCACUCAGACAUCAUCCUGACAAGGCGGGUAAGUUUUUAAUAAGAUGUGAGAGUGGAGCAGAUGGUGAUGUUUGGAAACAGAUUUUUGAAACCAUACACAAGGAUGCAGAUAAGCUUUUUAAGAUAAUUGGGGAGGCGUAUGCUGUUCUAUCGGAUGCUAACAAGAGAUUUAAGUACAAUCUUGAAGAUGCAAUGAAGGAUGACUUCCCAUGUUUUCUUGCAAAUGACACAAGUUUUAGAAUACCAAGGAAUAGGUUAGAUGCAGAACUGAACUAG